AUGGCGACAACAAGCUUCACAGUAUCAGACAAUCCUGAAACAGAUCCAAAAGCUGCAGCACAAUGGCUCGCAGAACAGCGACGACGCCCCAUUCGAGCACCGCACAAGACCGUCCAAUAUGGUGAGCUGGUCAUCACCAAACGCGGUCUCUCGUCGGUCUCCAACGAAGACCUCUGGUCCAUCCUCGAGCAAGUUGCCAUUGCCGCUAUCGAGCUGGCUCGAUUCGAUCUCGCCGAACUAUGCAUCUCACGUCUCACCUCGCGCUUUCCCAACUCGCAGCGCGUCACCGCACUCCAAGGAAUGCUCCUCGAAGGCAAAGGUGAUGCCAAGGCAGCCAUCGAGUUGUACGAGGAUGUCCUCAACAACGGCGAAACAUCACUCAUUCUCUCUCGUCGUAGAGUAGCGGCCAUCAAGUCACUAGGGGACAUCAAGGGCACCGUCGAAGCGCUCAACCUUCACCUCGAUACCUUCUACAACGAUCCGGAAGCAUGGCAGGAGCUCGCCGAAGUAUACGCUAAUCAGGGCAUGUACGCUCAAUCUACAUUUGCGCUGGAAGAAGUGCUACUGCAAGUACCACAGAACAGCUUCUUCCACUUGAAGUACGCGGAGACGCUCUAUACUAACGGCGAAAUCGCCAAGGCGUACAAGGCGUAUCUGAGGGUGCUGGAGAUGUGUCAGAGCGAUGGGGAGAGCAAAACGCAAGGCGGCGCACAAGGACCUUGGUUGCGAGCGCUGUGGGGCACCAAGAUGGCAACGACUGCACUCAUCGCCUCGCCAUCAUCAAGCAAGUCGAGCGGGUCAGAGGAAGUGGUGGACCAGGCCAAGGUCAAGAAGAUCGACGAGCUUGUGACCAGCCUUUUGCUCAACAAGGUGUAUACCCCACAAGCCGUCUCCUCGAAGCAUCUAAGGGAUGCAGCGCGGGCAGUGCUUGCUGCGUAA